AUGCGACCGGGCGAAAUCUCAAGCUCCACGCCACAUGAAGCCCUGGGAUUCUGCCGAUUCAUCAUAACCGUCGCACAUCGGUGCAAAACCCGUCCGACAAUUAGUCUCGUGACCUCACGAACCUGCCCAAAAGCCAAGACAACUGCCAUCGACAAGCAAUCGAGUCGUUUCGGCCCUCGACGGCAGGUCCUCGAGACGAGCAGCACAUUGCGGACCCCUCGCCCGACCAUGGCAGACCAGCAGCAGAAAAAUGAGAAGGGGGAUGCGCCGGUGGCGGCGUCGAUGAAGAAGGGCCCCAGCGCCUUGAGGUCUAUCAUUGCCGGGUCUACGGCCGGCGCCGUCGAGAUCGCUAUUACAUACCCUGCCGAAUUCGCCAAAACACGUACACAACUCAACCGGAAUCUCGCCGAGGGACAGAAACUGCCAUGGCCGCCGUUCGGCAAACAGUGGUAUGCCGGGUGCACGACGUUGAUAAUAGGAAACUCGGCCAAGGCGGGAAUUCGAUUCGUUGCCUUUGACCAGUACAAACGUCUCCUUGCGGACGAGAAUGGAAAGAUGUCGGGCCCCAGGACUGUCCUGGCUGGCUUUGGCGCGGGUGUCACAGAGUCUCUGCUCGCUGUGACGCCUACGGAGAGCAUCAAGACGACCCUAAUCGAGGAUCGUAAAUCGGCAAAACCUCGUCUGCGCGGGUUCCUACAUGCCGUGCCCAUAAUAGCCCGCGAACGUGGCAUAAAGGGCUUCUUCCAGGGCUUCGUGCCCACAACGGCACGACAGUCAGCCAACAGCGCGACGCGAUUCUCAGCCUACACUUUUCUACGGCAGAUGGCGGAGUCUUACACGGCGCCAGGGGAGAAGCUUGGCACGGUUGGGACUUUUGCUGUUGGUGGCGUGGCGGGACUCAUCACUGUCUAUGUCACGCAGCCGCUGGAUACCAUCAAGACUCGCAUGCAGAGCUCCGAGGCUCGGUCCGUCUACGGAAACAGCUUCCGGUGCGCGUCCAUAAUUUUCAAGCAGGAAGGUAUCCUAACCUUUUGGAGCGGCGCACUACCUCGCCUGGCGAGGUUGAUAAUGAGCGGUGGUAUUGUGUUCACCAUGUACGAGAAGAGUAUGGACUUGAUGGGACGGAUGGACCCGGAUGGAAAGUACAUUUGA